AUGCACCCGACCUGCUGCUUCCGGACCGGCGGGGGAGCUGAUGCUACAACUGGCUCCACUCCAGGGACAUCUACAAGGCUGGUGAGGGCAGCUCCAGCGUCUGAGCCAGAGACGGCAAGGUGUUCUUCGUCCACACUGAGCAAGAAGACGACGCGCAGUUCCGUCCCGAGAUGGGAAGGCUUUGAUGAGGACGCGCGCACCGAUCGCUCCACACCCCCGCCCGCGGACGACGCAAAAGAUAAACCACGCGCGCCUGACCUCGGCGUGACCAAGGCCAACUUCCAGUCCUUGUACCUCGGCAACUGCAGCGCGGUGGUGGCCACCCUUCGCGACCAGCUCCCGGAGCUCAACCUCACGCGCGCCGACUGCCGGGAGAUGAGCUGGGUGCAGUACGUGGCCUACAUAUACUUCGGCGACGCCAGCAACAGCACGCCCCUCGAAACCCUCCUGCUCAACCGCACCAUGACCCUCGGCCGUUUCUACAAGAACAAGUCCGACUACGUCACGGAGGCCCUCACCAAGGACGCGUGGGAGAAGAUCUUCACCUGGCCCAGCGGCGCCGCCGAGGGCCAGCUCGUCCUCGAGCCGCAAGGCGGGAGGAUGGGGAGCAUCGCCGCCGACGACACGCCCUUCCCGCACCGCGCCGGCGUGCUCUACAACAUCCAGUACCUCGAGUCAUGGGUAGGGGGCAACAACACUACUACGCCCAGCUGGAUCAACACCAUAUACGACUUCAUGGAGCCGCUGGUCAGCAAGAACCCUAGGGCCGCCUACGCCAACUACCGGGACCUGGACCUCGGCGUCAACCAGGUGGUCGGCGGCGUCAGCACAUACGAGAGCGGCAAGGUGUGGGGCGAGAGGUAUUUCGGGGGGAACUUCCAGAGGCUCGCCAUGAUCAAGCGGAAUGUGGAUGCCGGUGACUACUUCCGCAACGAGCAGAGCGUGCCGCCGCUUCUCUCUUGA